AUGCCGAAGGUAGACCCAUGGCCGCUUUUGCAGCCGCCCCUGCAAGAAUUUGGCCUACCUUUUGGACCUCCCAUUGCUGGUGAUGUAUCACCGUGGACGUCUGAUCCCUGGGCAGGAGAACUUUACAACCACUACCAAACACCAAUUUCUUAUCAACCACCAAUACAGCCGAUACCUCGUCCAUCUUACCAUGAUUUGGCUGUGUCAGAAUGCCAACAUUGGAAUCCCAACGCUAAUUGCUGGGUUUUAAGUGCAGUAAAAGUGUAUCAAAAAGAGAAUCCUUCUUUGGAGCGUCACCCAAUGGAUGCAAAGAAGGUUGAAGUACCUUCAAAUGGUUAUUUGAGUGCAAUGUCAUUAGCACGAAUUAUGUGUACAGCGUAUUUACAAGUAUAA